CAAUGUUUAUGUAGCCCGCUGUCAGUGUAUGUAACAGCAGCACCAAGGACUCUGCGAUGUGAUUUCUCGACGUUGAUUUGUUUCUGUAUCAUUUUCCUCGCUGUCUUCACCACAUUAUGCACCAGCUGUUGAUACGGGGACCCAUUUGCAGGUGAAACACGGAGGAAACGGAGGAAAAAGCCGGGAUGGCUGGCCCCUUUGGGUUCAAAGGCUGCCAGAAAAUCCGGGGUCCGCAGAUUAGAAAUCUGCUUGAAGCGAAGGACUUCAUUCUCUUUGACUGCGACGGGGUCAUAUGGCACGGAGAGAAGGCGAUCACGGGCGCAGCGAAGGUGGUGAGCUCGCUGAUCCAGCACGGGAAAAACGUGGUGUUCGUCACCAACAACAGCACCAGGCCCCGGGAGAAUUAUGUGCACAAGUUCUGUCGGCUGGGCUUCACCGACGUGAUGCUGGACCAGAUCUUCAGCUCGUCGUACUGCUCGGCUCUCUACCUGAGAGACGUCGUCAAGAUCUGCGGCCGGGUGUUCGUCAUCGGCUGCGACGGACUGCGCAGGGAGCUGCAGGAGGCGGGCAUCCCCUGCGUGGAGGAGGCGGACGAUCCGGACGCCACCAUCUACGACUGCGCCCUGGCUCCGGACGUCAAGGCUGUGCUGGUGGGACAUGACGAUAAACUGACUUUUCUCAAACUGGCCAAAGCCUCCUGCUUCCUGAGGGACCCGGACUGUCUGUUCCUGGCCACCGACAACGACCCCUGGCACCCUCUGUCAGGUGGAAGGAUACUGCCAGGUUCUGGGUCCCUCACUGCAGCCCUGGAGGUGGCCUCGGGUCGCAAGGCCACUGUGAUCGGCAAGCCCAGCCGCUUCAUGUUCGAGUGCAUCUCCAGUCAGUUCAGGGGGGUGGACCCCGCCCAGUGCCUGAUGGUCGGGGACCGCCUAGAGACAGACAUGCUGUUCGGGUCCAACUGCGGCCUCGACACCAUGCUCACUCUCACCGGCGUGUCUCAGAUCGAGGAGGCCCAGGAGUACAGUAAUAGUGAGCUGACCACCAACCAGAGCCUGGUGCCCAACUACGUGGUGGACACCAUUGCUGAUUUCUUACCUGCUUUUGAACUGGACGAGCAGAGCGAAUGACGAGUCCUCGCGACUCCAGUACGGAGCACAGAUUGCUCCUACUACAUAUUAAGUGCAAUGUUUAGUGUGCCGUUUGCAAAAAAAUCCACAUUUCUCAUCAAGAACUAUAAAUGCUCCUCAAUACCAAGACACAUGUAGGACAGAAUAUUCCCCCUCCCAAAAAAAAUAGCGUAAUCCAGUGCAUACCUCAGUGUUCCUUCUAGUGUUGUGCCCAUUUGUGAAUUGACAGUUCCUCGUUGCUGUAAGUGUUUAUAUUAAUAUCCGAAUAUACUGCACUUUCUUGUCCAUAGGUUGUGUUUGAUAUCCGGUGUUGAACAUCCAGAGGUAUUUUUGUAAAGCCAUGAAUUGUUCUGUAACGGCAUUCAUGUGUUUAAGAGCUGGUUAUUCAAAUUUAUUAUAAUUUUUUUUUUUUGCCAAAAAGCAGACAUGUACUUACUAGUGCAGAAUUGUUUUGUCCUAUGUGUUUGCCUAGGUGUGACUUCUCCUUGAUUAAUUCAUGGCAAGAGGAGAAAAUAAAAACUAAAACUGUGCAACUCCGCUCUGGUAGAGACUAAGAUGACAAUCUGCCAGUCAAGACAGGUGAAGUGUAUAUUCACUUUUGGCCUUUCUGUCAUGUCUGUGCAUCCUGUGCCAAUAUUCAUCUGAGUAAAUAAAGCAGCUUGCUGAAUCUCAUAGUUAGAAAACCAGUAGCAGAUUAAUGGUGGCUGCUCACACUGCACUAUUGUGAAAUUUCAAUGUUGUUAAUGUUUACCAUAUAGAGCAUGCCAGCAACGGUAACAAAAAUAAAUACCUGAAAUGAAUGCUAAA